AUGAUUCGUGAGGGAUGUAGAGAUGUGACUCUCGAAUACCUAGCAGCACGUCCACGAAGUUUAGAAUUAAGAUCUGGUAGUGGUAAAGUACCACAGGAAGCCGGUCUAGUGAGAUAUGGCAAGUAUCUACAAACACGGGCCAAGGAAUUUAAGAAAACUAAAGUGGACUAUGUCAGGUUUCAAACUAAGUCGGGUACUGGAAGACUUCACAACUUGAGUGUUGAAAAAGGAUUAUUACGAGAGUGUGAGAGCGUACUAGCUCAAGUAGAUGCCUUGUUGAAAUGUAGAUUCCAUGAAGAAGAUGUCAAUGAUGACAUUACUUUAACAGUGUUUCGACUAUUAGUGCAUGAUUUACUAUCGUUAUUCCAGGUGCUAAACGAAGGAGUGAUUAACGUUUUGGAGCAUUACUUUGAAAUGUCUAAAGUAGAUGCUGAGCAUGCUCUAGAAAUUUAUACUCUAUUUACCCAGCAGACGGUUAAAGUUGUUAAUUAUCUUAAGGUAGCCAAGCAUCUGGAGUACUCUACCAAGUUGCAUAUUCCAAAUAUCAAGCAUGCUCCAACCAGUUUGACAGAUUCUCUAGAGAAUUAUCUGAACGAUCCGGACUUUGAGAUCAAUCAUAGACAGUAUCUGGCGGAGAAGCAAGCCAAAGAAACCGGAGGAAGUGGUACUGUCAGUGCCAAUGCUACUGGAAACGGUCAAAUAAGUUCGAAUAGACAAGCAAGUGGGCAAUCAAGCGGUUCUGCGAAUCAGGCUUUUGACCAACAGCGACAACAGCAACACCAACACCAACACCAACAACCGCAACCGCAACAACAACAAUUCCAACAGCCACAGCAGCAAGCACAAAUGCAACUACAGCCUGAUCUUAUUGCCUUAUCUAAUGGAGUUUCUGUGAACAAUCCGUUUGGACUACAACAGCAGCAGCAGCAGAUGUUUGCUCAACAACAGCCACAAAUGGCAGCACAGCAGGGCCAGAUCAGUCCUCAAGCAAAUAACCCAUGGGGAGUCCAGCAAACCCCUACUGGUUUCAACCAACAGCUGCUAAUACAGGGCCAGCCAACCACACAGCAACAAGUGCUGGAUCCAGCACAGGCUCAGGCAUUGGCCCAAGCACAAGCCCAAGCCCAAGCCCAAGCACAAGCACAAGCACAAGCACAAGCACAAGCACAAGCACAAGCACAAGCACAAGCACAAGCACAAGCACAGGCACAAGCUCAAGCUCAAGCACAGGCCCAAGCACAAGCCCAAGCACAGGCACAAGCACAGGCACAAGCACAGGCACAGGCACAGGCACAGGCACAACUUCAAGCUCAGGCUCAGGCCCAAGCUCAAGCUCAAGCUCAGGCACAACUUCAAGCUCAAUCGCAAGCUCAGUCACAGCCAUUGGUUCAACUUCAGCGAUCAAAUACCGGCAGUAACCCGUUCAGACGACUCAAUACGGGAUCUGAUGGCGAGCCGUCCAACCCAUUCGCCAGACGUACAUCCACACUCUCUUCUCUACCGGAAACUGGCGGUUAUAGCGGAAUCAGCUCACCAGAUUCUCUAUCAACCAGUGUUUCGUCGCCAGCUCCACAAAUGCAGCCACAAACGACCGGCACCAAUCCAUUUGCGGCUGCCCAACCACGGCCACAACUGGGUAUGCAACCGACAGGAGGCAAUCCCUUCCGACAGAGCAUGCUUCUCAGCAAUCCACAGCAGCAGCCUCAACCCCUCCAGUACCAGCCAACCUUUGGUGGUCUGGAAAAACUGCAAACGAUUCCCGUGUUCCCCAACCAGCAACAACAACAACAACAGACCUCGUCGAGCCCUGUCGGACCCCUGUAUCAACAACCGCAGCAGCCCCAGCAACCCGUCUACACCCAGUUCCAGCAGUCGCAACUGCGCUAA